UGCGCAGCUGGGAGGGAGGAGCCGAGCGAACCCGGGCUUUGGGGGUGACCAUGGGCGGCUGAGGGGUGCCGAGUCCAGAGGCGGCCCGUGCCGGCGGCCAUGGCCGAGGAUUACUGGGACUCGCAAUAGCAGUAGCAGCCGCUCAGUGACUCCAGCCCAUUUCCCCACCAUGGAUCGGAUGAAGAAGAUCAAGAGGCAGCUGUCCAUGACGCUGCGGGGGAGCCGGACGGUCGAGAAAAACCUCAAUGAACCCAUCAACAUUGAGGAAAACAACAGCAGUGAUAAUGGCCCCACAGUGAAGAGUGUGCGCCCCAGCACCUCCCGCAGCGUUCACGCCUUCCUGCACCACUACGCAGGCUCUCUACGCAGGCCCCGCCUGGCCGUCAGCCGCAGCCUGAGCGCUCACCUCAACCGCACUGCCCGACUAGAAAUUGUCCAUGAAGACCUCAAGAUGGGCUCCGAUGGGGAGAGUGACCAGGCGUCAGGGACGUCGUCGGAUGAGGUGCAGUCUCCGGUCCGGGUGCGCAUGCGGAACAACCCGACACGCAAGAUCUCCACCGAGGACAUUAACAAGCGCCUGUCCCUCCCAGCUGACAUCCGCCUGCCCGAAGGCUACCUGGAGAAACUGAGCCUCAACAGCCCCCUCUUUGACAAGCCUUUGAGCCGACGGUUACGUAGAGUCUCUUUGUCGGAGAUCGGUUUUGGGAAGCUGGAGACGUACGUGAAGCUGGACAAACUGGGAGAGGGGACGUAUGCCACUGUCUACAAGGGAAAGAGUAAACUCACUGACAACCUGGUGGCCUUGAAGGAAAUCCGUCUUGAGCACGAAGAAGGAGCGCCUUGCACAGCCAUCCGGGAAGUUUCACUUCUAAAAGAUUUGAAACAUGCCAACAUUGUGACCCUGCAUGAUAUCAUCCAUACAGAGAAAUCCCUCACGCUUGUCUUCGAGUAUUUAGAUAAAGACCUGAAACAGUAUCUAGACGAUUGUGGCAACGUAAUAAAUAUGCACAAUGUGAAGCUGUUCCUGUUCCAGCUGCUGCGUGGCCUAGCCUACUGCCACCGUCAGAAGGUGCUGCACCGAGACCUCAAGCCCCAGAACUUGCUUAUCAAUGAGAGAGGGGAGCUUAAACUAGCAGAUUUUGGACUGGCCCGGGCAAAAUCCAUUCCCACCAAGACCUACUCCAAUGAGGUGGUGACACUUUGGUACCGACCCCCUGAUAUCCUCUUGGGCUCGACGGAAUACUCCACGCAGAUUGACAUGUGGGGUGUGGGCUGCAUCUUCUACGAGAUGUCCACAGGACGGCCGCUCUUCCCUGGCUCCACUGUUGAGGAGCAGCUGCACUUCAUUUUUCGGAUAUUGGGGACGCCCAAUGAGGAGACGUGGCCUGGAAUCCUGUCCAAUGAAGAAUUCCGAGCCUAUAAUUACCCCAAGUACCGUCCGGAGGCCCUGAUCAACCACGCCCCUAGGUUGGACGAUGAUGGGGCAGACCUCCUAGGGAAGCUGCUGCAGUUUGAGGGAAGGAAGCGGAUCUCUGCCGAUGAGGCCAUGCGGCACCUGUUCUUCCACAGUCUGGGAGAGCGAGUCCUCAAACUCCCGGACACAACAUCAAUAUUUGCACUAAAGGAGAUUCAGUUACAGAAAGAGACGGGGCUGCGAUCAGCUUCCCUGCCCGAAUCAGUGAACGGGCAGAACGGACGACCAAGCCUGCUGCUUUGAAGCCCACGGACGGGACCGAGUUAGCGGGGGACAGAAACAAAACCAGCUCCUCACCGCUGCUUGCGGACAUCCCCGCCAGCAGCUUCUCCGUACCAAACUGGGGGAGUGAGGCCUUGUGCUGGGAGUUCGCUGGGGCGAGGGGCGCGCUGUUGCGUGCAUGUGUUGGGGGGGGGUCCUGAUGGCCCAGCGCCGAAGAGAAGCACGACCUGCCCCCAGGCAUCCAACGACCCCGGCCCUGAUGCCUUCUGCUGCUGGGAUGGACAAUUCCUCUCUCUCUCUCCCGUCCACCCACCCCUCUCUCACACAUGGUGUUUCAUUUUAUUUUUUAAGUUUUAUUUUUUCAAUGCAAUAUUAUAAAUAUUAUAUUUGCAAAUA